AGCACGAGAAUUUGCAGACGCACGUGUUGGUUGGACCGCAUUUCCCACCGUAUUUGCAGAGACCGUUCUCGUCACAUGGAGCUCCCCCAUCACUCUUGACCGCUGGUACAGCACUGAUUACUAUGGAAAGUAAAUGUAUUAAACUGGGGGCUUUGUUUCUGUUUAGAACGAAUAAUCGUGCUUUGUAUUAAAUCGCGAGCUAUAACGAGUUGUCUCUCGUACAAGCAACCAUUGUUAAGUCGGUACAUCGAGUAGAGUAGACAGCUUCCGCCGAGAUGGGAGUCCCAGGAUCCGGCCGACAAACAUCCCAAUCCACGAAGUACAGUUCCGACCCCAACGCUUAUUACCACCGAUCUUAUGGUACAACAAGUAGCGUCAAAACAUCAAUUUGCCACCAAUUAGCGUUUAUUGUGCUCGGCUUGGUGUGUUGUUGUUCUCUGGCGGUGUCGCUACUUUUUGCCAACCGACUUUUGGUCACUGACAAGAACUUGAACGACCUGCAAGCAAAAUGUUCCGGUUACGAGUUGGAACUUGACUCGCAUCGUCAGAGCGUAAAGGAACUUUUCUCAAAGGUCACAGAACUUAGUGGGCGAUUCGUGGACUUCGAUGGCGAGCCAGAAAACAAGGACAAGGACGAAGCAAAACUGCGGAGAAAACGAUCCUUCGGUGGAUGCCAAUGCCCUUCAGGUCCACCAGGGCCAAAAGGCGAACCCGGUGACGAUGGACGCAGGGGACGCAGAGGAAAAGUGGGCUUUCCCGGCAAAAAUGGAUUCCCGGGGCCCAUUGGCAUGCCUGGUCGUCGCGGAAAAGAGGGUCUUCGUGGAUUGGCAGGCUACCCGGGUCCAAUUGGAUUGACAGGACGUCCGGGUUCAAAUGGAGCUGCGGGACUUCGCGGAUUGCCUGGUUUGAAAGGAGCUAAAGGAGACCCCGGAUCUGAAUAUACUGCAGCAAAUGUGGCGUCUCCUUUGGUGGCGCACAGCCGUGGGCUAACCUUGGACGAAAUUGACAAUUUCAUUGAGCAAUCGGACCAACCGAAGAGCCGCAUUCUUCGUAUCUUUCCUUCCAUGGUUGGAGAACCAGCAAGAGAGGAAUUAGACCGGGUUGGUUCACAUCAAGGACCACCUGGACCACCGGGGCCUCCAGGACCUCCUGGUCCCGCUGGACUAAAUGGCUUACGAGGACUACCAGGUCAAACUGGUGAACCUGGACUAACUGGAUUCCCGGGCCCGAAAGGUGAUUCUGGCGUUGCAGGUCCCCCUGGUCCGAAAGGUGAUAUGGGACAAAGAGGAAUUAUGGGCGAAAUUUCUCAUGUUGGCUCACGCUAUGGAUCUAGCCGUCCUGGUCCCCCUGGACCACCUGGAAGAGAUGGCAGUAAGGGUGAAAAGGGCAGCAUUGGUUACGCAGGUCUGGAUGGUUUACCUGGAGCCGCUGGUCCACAGGGUGAGAAAGGUGCUAUUGGUUAUGCUGGUCUAGAUGGUUUACCGGGAGCUCCUGGUCCACAGGGCCUUAGAGGAGACAAAGGAGCACCUGGGCCUAUGGGACCACCUGGAUUAGGCAAAAUGGGACCCAAAGGGGAAGCUGGCUUCAAUGGAAAACCUGGCUUGCCUGGAAAUAAUGGAAUACCUGGAACACCUGGCACCAAUGGAAGCAGUAGCUGCGAUUGCGUUGCACCAACAGGAAAGGAGGGCGUGUAUUAUAUACCUGGACCAAGUGGACCUCCAGGACCAGUCGGGCCAAUGGGACCUCGUGGAGUUGCAGGCAACGAUGGCGCGCCUGGUAAAGGAGAAAAGGGUGAAGUGGGUUCUAUGGGAUUACCGGGUCCUGCUGGUUUAGAUGGUUACCCCGGAGAGCCGGGUUUACAUGGAUUACCUGGCAGUAAGGGUACUAAAGGUGACAUGGGCCCUAUUGGUCUGAGUGGCAAUCCUGGAACCAAAGGUGAAAUGGGAAUUGCUGGUCCUGCUGGUGCAGAGGGACCAGCUGGAAUUCCUGGUUUGGUUGGACCACCAGGACUCAAAGGGGUUAAAGGUUCUAAUGGAAGGCCAGGCAAGCCCGGGAGACGGGGCCGGCGUGGAAAGCGGGGUUACAAAGGACCCCGGGGUGACGUAGGGGCUCCUGGUCUCGAUGCCCCAUGCCCACUGGGAGAAGAUGGACUACCACUCUCUGGAUGCUGGCAAAAGGUUUCUAAAGUUACCCAUAGCAGGGGCAAACGGGGUGGGGGUGGGAAACACAAGAAGCGCAAUAGAAAAGCGCGCAAGGCAGCAGCGGCAGCUGCAGCAGCCAAACAGUGACCCUAGUUUUUGAGUCAACAAAACAGUUGUUAUUUAACGCGGGUAUUUAUCGGCGAGCAGUCGUCCCUUCAGUGGUUGAGGUCGCAUAUCGUCGGAACUUUUGUAUAGCCACCGAUUUUUCGCGUAAUUGUUAAUUUCCACGGCCCUUUUUUUCGCUGUUACUUUUAUUUGAGCAAGAAGCGGCCUGCAGCCUCAAGUUUUUGUUUCUUGAUUCCUUGUACCUACAAAGGCACAUCCAUUUUUACUUUAAUUAAUUGCUUGUGAGUGAAGCCUGUGUCCAUAUAAUUGUUAACUUAAUAAUCUCAUGAAAUCGCCGACUAAAACCUGAUAAAGACUUAAUAUUGCGGUCAUGUCUGUUGUGUAAUUGGUUAAAACGCAACCGAAUUUGGAAAUCUUUGGUUUAAAUGUCGAUAUUUAAAAAUACACGUUGACUUGAUGUUAAAAGUGAGAUUUUACUUUAAAAUGCAUCAGAACCCACAUUGUAGGGUAAAGAAAGAUUAUAUCAUUGCACGUCAUGUCCAUAACUUGGUGUCUAUCAUAUUACAUCGGCAUCUAAACAUAAGUUUGCGAACCGCACUUAAAGCUUGCAAUAGUCGCCGUUGUUACUGUUUGUUCGUCCCCUCUCAUAUACAUGUUGUCUCGCAUUGUUUUGGCUGCUGUGACCGUAGAGCUUUGAAUGGGUGCUGCCAUUCUUACAUAUUCCGGUGACUGGAAAACGUCAUUUAUAUAAAUGGUGUCACCGUCACCUUUAGCUGUUUGGGUAGCUUAACUUAUACAUUUUAUUUGUUUGACUUGUCACGAACGGCGUAACUGCUGACAAACUGUAAUUCAGCCAAAUUUUUAAUCAUCUGAAGUUUUUAAAUUUUCGACAGACACUUCUUAAUGGUAUAAUUUCUGUUUCAUAAACUCACACAUGUCCUCUUUCACUCCAAGCAGUGGGUACUUCGUUCGUGACUUAGCUUAACGCAGAUACGAAUACGUUCUGCAUAGAAACUAAUCAGUACCAGCUUUUGUAACCCACUAACCGUUUGCUUGUUUUUUUCAAUGUUUGUCACCGUCACUUCGUUGCUGUCAUGUGUUGUGUGCUGUACAACGUGUGGAAUCCACCGUAGCGAUAACACUGUAGCAUGAGUGGUGUUUGCUGUGAGACUACUGAGCGCCGACCGUGCGGAUGAUUCAUUUCUUCGAGACUGGAGCUUACUCUUCAAAGAUGGAAUCAACUUUAUCAAGAUUUACGACGAAAAAAGGAACUUCAUGUUUUAUCCUGAACAUUGAAUGUAAACGUUGUGUUUGUAUCUCACUUUGACGUACAAGUUUUAAUUGGAUUUUUACUCCAUUUUACUUAACCAAAAUUUGUAUGUACACCUUUUCUCGAAAUAACACAACUACUUUUGGUAGCUUCUAUAUUACGUUUCUGGUUUUACAAAAUGUUAUAUUGAUAGUAGGUAUAAAUAUUACUCAUAGAAAACUGCACUGGUAUGUUGUAUUUUACAUUUUAUCGUAUUUGUGUACAGUGUCUCGGUAACUUUUUACUACUCUUGUGAAAACUUUUUAAUACUUAUUACUUUUCUUUCAUCUUAAAUAAUCCAUAUUAUGACAUUUUGAAAGUUGGUUUAGUUUUGAUGUCUGUUUUUUUUGCUUUAUUUUAAUAUUAAACAAAUGCUGUUAAGCAA